GGAGAGAGCGCGGGACUAGAGCGCAGAGCUCGGGACGUGCAUCCCAGCUGGAGGAGGAGCAGUUCGAGGGCAUGUUGCUGGCCAUGGCUCAGCAGCACGAGGGCGGCGUGCAGGAGCUUGUGAACACCUUCUUCAGCUUCCUUCGACGCAAAACAGACUUUUUCAUUGGAGGAGAAGAGGGGAUGGCAGAGAAGCUUAUCAUACAGAUUUUCAGCAACAACAAUCAGCUGGCACAGAAGGCCCAGUGGGAGAAGAGAGCCCGGCAGGAGGCUGAGCGGCGGGAGAAGGUGGAGUGGGUGGCCAGGGUGGCCAAGGAAGCCAAGUCAGAGGCCUCAGGGCCCCAGAUCAAGGAGCUAACUGAUGAAGAGGCAGAGAAGCUGCAGCUAGAGACUGACCAGAAAAAGGAUACAGAGAAUCAUGAGGCCCAGCUCAAGAACGGCAACCUUAACUCCCCAGGGAAGCAGGAGACUGAGAAAGACGAAGAGGAGGAAGAUGAGAAGGACAAAGGAAAACUGAAACCCAACCUAGGCAACAGGGCAGACCUGCCCAAUUACCGCUGGACCCAGACCCUGUCGGAGCUGGACCUGGCGGUCCCUUUCCAUGUGAACUUCCCGAAAGGGAAGGACGUGGUGGUGGACAUCCAGUGGUGGCACCUCCGGGUGGGGCUCAAGGGGCAGCCAGUGAUCAUCGAUGGGGAGCUCUACAACGAAGUGAAGGUGGAGGAGAGCUCAUGGCUCAUUGAGGACGGCAAGGUGGUGAGUCUGCAUCUUGAGAAUAUCAAUAAGAUAGAGUGGUGGAGCCGCUUGGUGUCCAGUGACCUUGAGAUCAACACCAAGAAUAUUAACCCUGAGAAUUCCAAGCUCUCAGACCUGGACAGUGAGACUCGUAGCAUGGUGGAAAGGAUGAUGAUGUAUGACCAGAGACAGAAGUCCAUGGGGUUGUCAACCUCAGACGAACAGAAGAAACAGGAGAUUCUGAAGAAGUUCAUGGAUCAGCAUCUGGAGAUGGAUUUUUCCAAGGCCAAAUUCAACUGGCCCCUGUUUUUACCUCCUUGAACUCUUGGGGCUGAGCUGCAACCAUCCAACUUUUUUUCCCACUCUUCUCUGGCCCUUGUGGGCCUCAGGGAUUGGGGCAGGCAUGGGACUGGCCCAGCACACAGGUCCCAGGGCAUCAGGAGAAAGGCUGGGGUUUGGAGUCUUGUCUUCCCCAGUUGGCCUACUGUUACACAUUAAAGCGAUUUGCUUAGCAAAAAAAGAAAUAAGGACUGAUUUAUUUUCUCAUUUGUGAUGCCAAAUUGUAAAGAUUAAGGUAAUUGUUCUGUUAAGGUAUGAAAAUACGCCACUUCUAAGAGACAGAGGCAGAUAGGAUAUUGGCAACCUUCACACCCUAGUUUGAAAGGUACUGGCCUUUCUUGGCUGUGCUGAGGCAUGAAUAAAUACCUCACUAUUGUGGUUACAAUAGUAACCAUACCUUUGUUGUGUUUUAUUCUUCAAUUACCAUCUGUUGUUGCAGCUUUUAGCUAAAGCACGGCUUUGCAAACUUCCACCUUAAGUCAUAGCACUGUGUCUUGGUGAAUUGAUUAUAGAGGUGGAAGUUAGUAUCUUAAAUUUGAUUCAGUCACAUAUGCCUUUUGGGUAACUUCACUUUGAAUCCUCAAAGGAUGACUUACAGAAUGCCAAAUAAACACCCUGGCAACUGGUAAUGACCUUCUGGGAGAUUCUGACAGAUUGAGGUUUCACAACAAACACAGAUAAAAGACAGUUUUUCAGAAAACAAUGGCAAAGGAACUGAAUAAGUAAAGCAUAACUGAAGGCAGUAGAGGUAGUUGAGUGGAAAUGCAUAGAGAGCUGGGAGGAGUGGAGUUCACCAGCAAAUGUAUCUUGUGUAUCUGGCUGGGAGGUGUAAUUGGGAUGGAGAAAGGAAAGGCAGCAUGCAGGAGGGCAUGUGAUAGGAGUAGAGCUGUGUGCCAGGGGUGGCAAGUUGACUCUCUUGGAUGGUACCAAGAAUUUGUCUUAUUGUAGUUAGACAGAGUUAGUUUUUGUUCUGAAUGAGACACUGACUUUCCCUUAUUUCCUGGUAGGGGUUUUGAAUAUAGUGACUUGAAGCAAGAACAGUUAUUGGAACUAUGGUAUCAGAUUUCCUGAAGGUAACAUUAUUCAUUAAAUAAUAAUGUUGCUCUUUGAGCCCUUAAAAUUGGCCUUUUUCUAGACUCCUAAACUCUUUAUGUUCUUAAUGAAAUAACGCUGGCUAGAGCCCUUACCAAACUCUGACCAGAAACAGUGAAUUAGAAGAUACAGAAGACUGGGAGCUAGAAAUUGAUUUUUUUUUUCAAACCCGUAUUGUCUCGAAAACAUCUACCUUAGGAUCUAUUCGCAUCCUUAACCCUGCCAACCCCUUGAUUCAUUUGCAAGAUUGCCACCCUCCUUGCUCUUUACAAUAAUUCAUUCUUUAAUUUCAAAUUUUGGUGCUAUUUUCAUAUUGUUUAAAUGAGGUUCACCUACCCAACAUGGUAGCUAUUUUCCUAAUAUCUUUUUUUUUUUUUUUUUUUGAGAUGGAGUCUCGC